AUGAGCAGCAGCAAAUACUUUGCCCUGGGGGGCGCCGACGAUAGCGAGUCGACACAGCGCUUCUUCACGCGCAACAAGUUCCUUCCAUCUCUACCCACCAUCCUCCCACACCGCCUGCGUCGCAAGUUCCGCAGCACACGCUCAAAGAUUCGAAGUAGACAAACGCCUUCGUCGUCCAUCUCGGCCCUGCAGACCAGCUUCAACCCCAAGGACACAUUACGGUCUCUCCGCCACCACCAAUGGUCCGUCUACGAUGCCCAAUAUAUCUUCCUUGCCAUUGUCGGCAUCUUCGCCCUCUGCGUCAUCCAAUCGCCCGGUCCCAUGGUCAAGACUGCCGUGGCCACGCUGUUGAUGCUGUCGCUGCUGUUGCCCAUCACUCGCCAAUUCUUCCUGCCAUUCUUGCCAAUUGCCGCAUGGCUCGUCUUCUUCUUCUCCUGCCAAUUCAUCGACGGCAAAUACAGACCUCCGAUCUGGGUUCGCGUGCUGCCUGCCCUUGAAAACAUCCUCUAUGGUGCAAACUUGAGCAACAUUCUGUCCGCCCACAAGGCCGUCGUUCUCGAUGUCCUCGCCUGGUUGCCUUACGGCAUCACCCAUUUCGGUGCUCCCUUCGUCUGCUCUGGUCUCAUGUUCCUCUUCGGUCCCCCUGGAACUACUCCCACUUUUGCAAGAGCAUUUGGCUACAUGAACUUGACUGGUGUCAUGAUCCAGCUGAUUUUCCCCUGCUCACCUCCAUGGUACGAGAACAUGUACGGUCUUGCCCCCGCCAACUACUCCAUGCAAGGAUCUCCCGCCGGUCUUGCCGCAAUCGACAAGCUUUUUGGCAUCGAUCUGUACACUUCCACUUUCACUGCCUCGCCCAUGGUCUUUGGUGCUUUCCCCUCGCUACAUUCUGGAUGUGCCACAAUUGAAGCCUUGUUCAUGAGCCACACCUUCCCCAAGCUUCGUCCCUUGUUCAUCAUCUACACCGGCUGGCUUUGGUGGUCUACCAUGUACCUUUCUCACCACUACGCUGUUGAUCUUGUUGGUGGCAGCUUGCUUUCUGCUGGUGCCUACUACAUUGCCAAGGGCAAGUUCCUGCCGAGAUUGCAGCCUGGCAAGAUGUUCCGCUGGGAUUACGACUACGUCGAAGUCGGAGAGGCUAGAGAGGGUUAUGCUUACGGUCUGACCGAUCUGGCUGAUGAUGACUUCCACCCAGCCAACUUCGGCAUGGAUAGUGGUGAUGAGUGGACCAUUGGCUCUUCGUCCUCGGUAGCAUCAUCCAGCAGAAGCCCAUCAGUUGGUGCAAGAAGCCCAGUCGACGAGUCUUGGGAGGGCGACACCCUGGCCUCAACAUCAGACAACGAGUACUACCAACAAAAGCCGCAAGAAAAGUCAUGA